AUGCCAAACGGACGCACGCAAAGACGGGGCGACGGCGGUGCGGCCAGGGCUGGCAGGCCGGCUCGUUGUCCGGAUCCGGUCAAGCAGGGCAGCCGCAGCAGGGCUGGCUGGCGGGGCUUGGCUCGGCUCCGGCUUGGGCGCCACGUCUGGGCCUGGCCUGGCAGGCUAGGGCAGGGCCAGCUGGCUCGAAAAAUCGGGCCGGCUGCUCGAUCUGCCUCGUCUGUGCAGCCGUGGAUGCACCGCCGGCGGGAUCCCGAACGCAUCUGCACCAUCACCACACCGGCAGCGCCCCGGCCUGCGUCUGAGGCUAGGCCGGCGUCGCGGCGAGACGCCCCGUAG